AUGGACGAUUCGUGGGCUUGGCUCGGACGGCCGUGUUUGGACGGGAUUGCAGAGCAAGUGCUUCUAGGGAAUGUUAUUAUGAGGAGGGAUGCUGUUUUGGGAGAAGAAAGAGGGCGAAGCGGGGGAGGUGAUGGUAGAGGGUUGAAUGGUGAUGGUAGAGGGUUGAAUGGUGAUGGUAGAGGGUUGAAUGGUGAUGGUAGAGGGUUGAAUGGUGAUGGUAGAGGGUUGAAUGGUGAUGGUAGAGGGUUGAAUGGUGAUGGUAGAGGGUUGAAUGGUGAUGGUAGAGGGUUGAAUGGUGAUGGUAGAGGGUUGAAUGGUGAUGGUAGAGGGUUGAAUUGUGAUGGUAGAGGGUUGAAUGGUGAUGGUGCCGAGAUUCCUGGUGGUCCUACCACCUUUAAAAGUGGCGGUCUUGCUGGUGGAGAUGAACGCGACACUGAAGCCGGAUGCCCUGAAGGAUAUGUGACUGUAGCCGCGCGUGAUCUUACCAGGAGCUGGUUUCCUGAAGGGCGCUGUCAACAUCACGAACCGAGGGAGGAGACGCAACAGCAGGAGCAAAUGCAGCAGAAACAGGGGCAGUCACAAGAGCAGCAGGGGCAACAGAAGCUCCCGCAGCAGCAAUUUGCCCAAGCACAGGAUGAAGAAGCAGCACCUGCAGCCGCCGCCGCUGCUGUCAGUGGUGAUGCGGAGCAGAUGGUUCGUGAGUUGCGAGAGAGCAGUGCAAGGCUGAAGGCGGUAGGGCAGGACCCGCUGCCUGAUGCGCUGCGAUUGGCCGAGGCUGCCAAAGCUCAGGCUAGGAAUGGUGGCUUGAGGGAAGAGAGGGAAGACGUUCAGAGCAGUAAAGUGAGGGGAAGGGGAAGGAAGGAGAGGGUGGGUUUGGAACAGGUGAAGGAGGAGGAGGAGGAAGAGGAGGGUGAGGAGGACAGGAGGACGAGUGAAGUGGGCAUGAGGAGGGAAGGGAAGAAAAAUAUGGAAGAAGAGGGAAGGAGAGUAGCUAGUGAGACUGGGUUGGAAGUUCUGGGAAAACGAGAGGGUGAGAGAAGAAGGCGUGGUGAAGAUGGGAGAGAGGAGGAUGGAGAGGGAAGGGAUGGGGGUGGAAGGAGGAGAAGGAUGAUGGACCCUCAACCAACCGCACGCAUUCUAGAGUGGUCUGAUGAUGACGGGGAGUUGGAAGAGACGCAAGAGCCAGCUCAACCCCAAGGCCCCAGCAACCGGCAUGGCCGCACCAGCAUGCCCGCCACAGUGCACCUACGAACGCCCUCCGCCCCCCACCUCUCCCCUCUCAACCUGCAUGCCGCUGCUGCUGGUGCUGCUGGUGGCUCUGCUGCUAGAAGUGGUGUGGAGCAAGGAGUGAGGCGGGGAGGCACUGUGACUGCGACUGGGAAGCUGAGGAGGCCCAAGCGGCCGUUCAGUGCAGAGGAGACCAACACACUCAAGAUCGGCGUCAUGAGGUUUGGCAAGUCUUGGACCCGCAUGAUAAGUUGCCAGGCCGGGGUUUCAAACGCGGUUGAAACCGGGGGGGCUGUGCUUUGA